AUGGAAUUUGCUACGACGCAAUCGCCCGUGGCCUCAGAGGUGUUUGCCUCGGUCGCGCUUUUCGUCAUCUCGGUCAUCGUCCUCCUCAUCCUCCGACACUAUCUUCCGCUACGAACAACACCCGCCUACCUUCUAGUCCCCAUCUUCUUCGCAUUAUGUCUUCCGGCAAGCAUGGUACUGUUGGUACCCAUCGACCUGGCCUCGAGCGCCAUGGUCGAUGAUAUCGAUGCUCGGGGAAUCUGGUUGGAGCGCGGCCCAUUGCGCGUCUGCUGGAGAAUUGCCUACUGGCUCACCUUCUGUUUGACAUGGUUCAUCAUACCCAUCCUCGGCGAAUACUCAGAUUCCGGCUAUCGCGAUCCCCAGGCCAAAUUCCGAGACUCGCUUCGCGCAAACGCCCAGUACUAUGCCAUCGUCUUUGGCUCCGGAAUCCUGGGCUUGUUAUACGUUCUCUGGUCAUACGGUGGCUUUUCCGAAUCGCUCAAGAGCACCGUCAUGGCUCUCGCAUAUUGUUGGGGUCUCAUGCUGGCCAUCUAUCUUAUGGGGCAUGGCCUGGUCGCUAUCCCCCGUCGACUCUUUCGGAACGCCGACAUCAGUGGACGGCUGCGUAGGAUCCAGACGCAGGCUCCCAAGGUGUAUGAUCAGAUGGAGGAUGCACAGAUGAAUCUGGAUGAUCUGGAGAUGCAGGUAGCGGAGCUGAGCAAGCGCAGCAAAACCGGAACUGCAAAGAACUUCCAGGACUGGAUCGAGGAGUUGGUCGACCUGACUAACAUUCCAGAAUCACAACUCGCAAGCACGUCUGGCGCGGUCCGCGGCUCCGGGGAAUAUAUCAGGACCAAGCUUCCCACGGUAAUCACUGAGAAGUACAUGGCCGAUCUCACGAGACAGUUGAUUAGGGCCAAGCAUGCCCGCUCUCGCUACUUGAACGAUUGGAACAGACUUUUACAUGACGCCGUCAGAACACAAGCCAUCAUCGAUUCGGUUGCUUCCAAGAGACUGGACUUUGGUGCGCCUUCCCCAGGCUCCGGUUUCUGGGACAGGCACAGCCCCUUGACCCCCUAUACUCGCUUCCUCUACCACUACUACGUCCUUCCAUAUUUCAACCUGGCGUUUGGCGGUCUGCUAGCUCUUGCGUCAGUCUGUAUUGUGUGGUCCGAAGUUGUCAAGGGCAUUUUCCCCGUUCUCUCGGUCAUCCGCUACUCGGUUGUUCAUCACAAUGUCGGUCACAAGGGCCAGAUCGGGUUUGCCGGCCAAGUGAUUGCUGCCCUUUGGAUGGUAUACAUGUGCGCUGCCGCCUUGAUGUCCAUUACCCAAGUCAAGGUCUGGCGCGGUCGGGCACUGGUUCGUCGUCACACGGCGCCCGAGUCUGCCUUUUGGUACGCCAGCCAAGUUGCCCGCCUCAGCGUGCCACUCACGUACAAUUUCAUGACCUUCCUCGGCGUCGUCUACAAAGAUACGGUAUUCUACGAUUUUCUCGGCCAGCUUAUCAACCUUACGCCCCUCGGCAAGUGGUUCGACUACUUAUUUCCCGCUCUCAUCCUUGUCCCUGUGUGUUUCACCUUCUUUGGGCUCUACGGCAAGAUUCAACGAGCCCUCGGCUUCGGCGUUGAUGUUCUCGACACUUCGGAAUCCGGCGAUGAGUUUGGGGCCAACUUUGGUACCGGCACCUGGCGCGAGGGCCGUGAUCUCAUCGAGCGCGAACUCAACGGCUCGUCGGCUGCCAUCCGCGGCGGCCGCCGGUCACACUACACGAACUCAUCUUCUUCCUCACAGCCGCGGGCUGCUCCCAUCUUGACCAUUCGGGCCAACUCAACCCCGUACCCAUUACCGGGGAACCCUACAACCCCUCUCGCAACGUCGCCUAACUUGCGGCCGUUGGCGAACACUUCGGCCAGGAGGGUCGGGACGGCGUCGAGGCAAGUGACGUUGGCGAGUGAAGAUGACGACGAGAACUUCUUUGAGGCGCUGGGCCAUAGGCUCAAGAACACGAUUGAUACCAUAGAUAAACCAAAAUGGUUGACGGAUCUUCCGAAGCCCAAAUGGAUGGGAGGAGACACCAAUGCUGGUGGUGCUGGUGCCGGCUCUGGCUCUGGGGGGGAUAUCAGGAGGUGGUUUGGAGGUGGUGCUGGAGGAGGAGGGGGUAGCAGCAGUGGUGGUGGAGGGAGGAUAAGACUCUAA